GAUUCAAAAGUACUUUAAGCUUAAGAAUUUUAAGGGUUUCCAGAAAAUCAAGUAUUUCAUUAUGGGAAUAUUUGCAAGCCGAAAUGGUGUUGUCACUGAGGACGUGACAGAUCAGUCUUCAAACAUAAAUCCAUUAAUGUAUCGUUAUCCUCCUAAACAAGGAAAUUAUUUUUCGAAUUAUUUCAUCAUGGGAGGUGAGAGGUUUGAUGUGCAACAGCCAGAAGCUUAUCUGUUUGGGGACAACUCAGAUCUCAAUUUCCUUGGGAAUCGGCCUGUUCCUUUUCCAUAUUCAGCACCACAAACCAAUGAACCAACAAAGACCCUUAGAGCCCUGGUGAAUGUAAGGAAAGAAUCUGUACGUUUUUUACGCACAGCACCUGCCUCAGAUAGGGGAGAGGAACCGUCUUACACUGUGGAAUUUGUGUUCGAUUCAGAUGUUUCUUGUUCAGUUACCAUAUACUUUGGCUGUGCAGAGGAAGUCUUGGCACGAGGAGUUCGUUAUGUAUCUAGAAGUGGCUCUCCACCAGAAACAUUCCAUUAUAAACCUGGGGCAGGACAAGUUUUUAGUCAGCCUACAGUAACCUGGAGCCCAUGUAAUAUCCAGCAACCUCAAAUUCAAGUCCAAACAAGUAUUAACACAUCUGGCCAGUGGACAACACGGAUAGCAGAUAAUUCUCCAGGAACAGAGGGAGACAUAAUCCCUGUAGUCAUAGUGUGUGAAGCUGAAGAAGGGGAUGAUCCCAAACAACAUCAAGCUACUUAUUGUCUUAUAGAACACUCCUCAGAUGCAUCAUAUGUGCUUAAAGCUUUAAAACAGAAGCUGUAUGUAGAUAAUUUAGCUUAUCUACUUCAGGACAUUUAUGGAAUAGAAAACAAACUUGUACACCACAGGGAAUCGGAAGAGCCAGAAGCUGAGGCUGAUGAAGAUGAUACUGGGUCAGUAUUGGAAGACUGCGAUCCAGAAGACGACGAUGAAGGUGGUGGGGAAUGCGUUAUUUGCAUGUCCGAGCCGCGAGAUACCCUCAUUCUACCUUGUCGACACCUGUGCCUGUGUCAACUAUGCGCCGACAGUCUGAGGUAUCAAGCCAAUAACUGCCCUAUUUGCCGGGCCCCAUUUCGUGCACUCUUGCAAAUUAGAGCCUUGCGCAAGGUUCAGGGACCACCCACGGAAUAUACUCAUCUUGAUGACUGUGUUCCAAUGGGCUAUGAGGCCAUUUCAUUGCUGGAAGCUCUAAAUGGUCUAACAGUCGCUCCCAGACGUCCCCGGCCUCGUCGUCCUCAUAAUACUACCGUAAUACCUGUUGAAGCUACCAGUACUACUAACGCGCUUCCCGAGGAAACCGUGAUCAACGUUAAUGAAGACAGCAUUGGACCCAUUUCUUCCACACUUUUGGAAGAAAUUGAAAACGAUACACUCAACGAAGAAUCCACUUCAGAAUCUUUUGUCGAAGCAGUUAACACAUUUGGAAGCCGUAUGGGAUGGAAUCGUAUGCAAAAUGGUCGUCGAUCGCUUGGGGCCGUUCCAGCUGAAAGUCCAGUAAGCGUCGUUUCCGCGGGUCAGGGUCAACUUCGUCGAACUCGCAGUGCUCAUACUCGUCGACCACUCACAACUCCAAAUGCCUCUCUGUUGGGACCUCGUGGUGCAACUUCGCCUAGUUUGCGUUCCAGCGGCGACAGCUGCAGUUCGGCUGAUUCCACUAGAAGAUUAGUUAAGCCAACCCCUUUAGCUAAUCUCCCUCAAGGAUUCGAUUAGGAGUUGUGAGCGUCAAAGUUGCAUUCGUUUUGAUCGCGGUAGCACAAAAGAGCAAAGAAUUAGUUGGUAAGAUACUUAAAAUUGAAGACAAGUGAUAUCCACAUGACGAAAGGCAGAAUCGACUUUGUUAUUUUGAGCACCAACUUCGAAGUGGGUGUGGGCCUGACUUAAUUAUUUAUCUUAUUUUUCCUUGUUUAGUAAACUGAUGAGGGAAUCAAUGUGUAGGGAACCAUUAUUAUGAUUAAUUUAUCUUUGAAUUUAUCCAUCUCGCUUUCGCAUCAUUUAUUAUGUCCGGCAGCAGAGGAUAUUUUACAUCCUACUACAUGUCUUUUAAUCGGGCUUGUUAAUAUUUUGUUCUAAUUUCCCCUAUCUUGUAUCGAAUCUCAAAAUUUGAUUUUGUAUUCUUCUUACCUUUUAACCUAUCAUUUCAUCACACAUUUGUUACAUCAGUGAAGUAUUAUAUUUACGUCUUAUAUUGGCAAUAAAAAAAAGAAUCGUCAGAA